AUGGCAACACUCUAUCGAGCUGUUAUUAAAUAUUUGUUUUUAAAAGGCAAUACGCCUACGCAAAUCAAAGAUGAGUUGGAUUCUGUGUAUGGGGACUCUGCACCAUCAUUUACCACAGUGAAAUUUUGGGCAGCUGAAUUUAAACGUGGCCGUAAGAGCUUGGGAGACGAUGAACGUUCGGGACGUCCAAAAACUGCAACUACCGACGAAAACAUCGCCAAAGUUCACCAAAUGGUGCUAGACGACCGCCGAAUUAAAGUGAGAGAGAUAGCAGAGGUUAUGAACAUGUCAAAAGAACGUGUUUGUCGCAUAUUAAAUCAACAUUUAGGCAUGAGAAAGCUGUCCGCGCGUUGGGUGCCGCGUUUGCUUACGUUAGACCAAAAACGUGUUCGAAUGAACAUUUCCAACGCUCUGUUGGCGCAGUUUAGGCGCAAUAAAUCCGAGUUUUGGCGCCGAUUAAUUACUGUAGAUGAAACUUGGAUACACCAUUAUACGCCUGAAACAAAAUACAGUCCAAACAGUGGACUGCAAAGGAGGAACCGGCUCCAGAAAAAGCAAAAACUGUUUUUUUCGGCUGGGAAAGUGAUGGCGACUGUUUUUUGGGAUAGUCAUGGAGUUAUUUUAAUCGAUUAUCUUCAAAAAGGAAAAACCAUUACAAAAGCAUACUACGCAUCAUUACUUGACAAGCUGAAGGAAGAACUUGCGGGAAAACGGCCACAUUUGCAGAAAAAAAAAUCCUGUUUCACCAAGACAACGCACCGUCUCACACCUCAGCGGUUGCCAUGGCGAAAAUCCACGAAUUACGGUUUGAACUGCUUGACCAUCCGCCUUACUCACCAGAUCUAG